AGGCGUGCCGCCACCGCCGGGGGACGACUGCGGUUCCUGCCGACAUCAUAUUGCUGCGAGUUUCGCUUUGCCCUUUAAUAAACUCCCGUGAAAUUGGAUCAGGAUGUCGACACCUGAUGAAGGCACGCCAACCUUUAGACAAUGGAUAGCGCGGCUUCCCCCGUUCACGGCAGACAACAUCUACAAAGUGUACCUGCCAAUCGCCGGAGCAGUCAGCUACUGCACGUUUUCGGUCACCGUUUUCAUACCGGAGCUGUUAUCUAGGCUAUACCCUGACCAGAGCGUGACAGUGGCAAACUGUCUUCUCUUCAAUUCACAUCUUGGCACCGGGCUGUAUGUCUACUUUCGUCCACAUAUGACACGAGCUCCACCGUACCACCGCAUCAUGUACAGUGCCUACCAAGCAGUUCUCUUCAACUUUGGCUCAGUGCUUCUUUGGGCUGUCACGAAGUCACUCCUGCCCAACUCCAACCUCGUGCGCUCACUCUUUGCUGCCUCCACUUCAGCCUGCUUUCUUGCCAUCGGCAUGGAGUACCUAGAAUUUCUCGACACUCCUGCGGAGGAGGAUUUCUCAGCAUCAGCAACCUCGCCACGCUGCUAGGGGGAUGGAUUGCCAUCUUCCCAUAGGAAACAUGCACCUAUACCAGCUUGAGUUAGGUUCUUGCUGGUGCCUGUCAAUGCUGGCAUGAGUGGGCUUUCGUACCAUUAAGAUGUUCCCCCGGUGAGAUCUGUCUGAGAAGUCAACGUUUCUUUUUCCCUUGUUUAAGGUUCCCUGUAAUCCUUAAUGCAUGUAUCUUGCAACUGCUAGGAUCUUAAGGCCAUUCCCAUGCUGGUAUUUAGGGGCUUCAUCUUGGGUCGCAUAAUAGAUUAGUACACCUUUGUCUCAUGUUGCAUGCACUGUGAUAGUGAGUUACUGCCUACUUUAAGAAAGCAGCAGAAAUAUUUUCUAAUUACUGGUCAUAAUGUAACAUUCACUUUGCAGUGCUGCACUGCAGCUCAUUGAAGACAGUACUUGGGGGCAAGUUAUUGCCUUAAAAACACACUGCCAUGUGUUCGUGCCUAAGCAUCUGGCCUUCAUCCGUGACACAGAGUGUAUGCAGGCAGCUGCACUAAUGUGUGCUGGUUUUGGUAGCACUUAACUGUGAAAGCAAAAGUUGACAAGAACUGCCAAUUCUUGAGCUUUGUUUUGCAGUACUAUUACUGGGGCAAGAUAUGACCCCUGUUGCCAAGCUAUAUUGAUCAUCUUUUUCCAAGCUUCAUGCAACUAUGGCAACACAGUCUUUGCUAGUAAUUCUUGCAGACCCCACAUGAUGCAGUUUUACUUUCUGCAGAAUAGCUCGCUAGCAGAUGUGGGGUCGUAAGAACUUCUGUGCUCUUGAUAUGGCAGUAGUGGAUUCAUAAACACUGUUUUGUCUAGGGUGCUUUUUACUUUUUAUGGCCAUUUUCUUGUUUGUCGGCAGCUCUCUAAAAAAAAACAGAACUGCUGGUUGUUUUCUUAUUGGCCCUUAGUAUAAAGGUCAAGAGGGUGCAUUUUCCUCCAGCAUGUUCUUAUCACUACCAGCAUUGAUGGGCACUACCGUCCAUAUGAAUGUCAAUCCUGAACACAUGCUUCUGUGACAUUGGCUCACACCUUGAAGAUUAUAAUUGUAGAGUUGUUCAACCUGUUGUAUGUUGAAUGUAGAUGAGCUAUACCUAGGCGAUUUUGUGUAGUUGGGCAGAUUACAAUUUCUGUAAAUAAAGCAAUUUUAGGAUGAA